AUGCAGAGACAGGAAGAAAUUCCCAGCGAAGAUUAUUGGAACUUGAUGUUGGAUGAACUAGUAGAUCUCGACGAAGAAAGUUUAUUGGCGUUAGACGUAUUAACCCGGCAAAAGGAGCGUAUCGCAAGAGCUUACAAUAAAAAGGUUAGAUUUAAAUCAUUUGUUGUAGGUGAUUUCGUUUGGAAAGUCAUUUUGCCAAUGGAUAAAAAAGAUAAACAUUUUGAUAAAUGGGCUCCAUGUUGGGAAGGCCCCUUUAAAGUUGAGAAAAUAUUUUCAAAUAAUGUUUAUGAGAUUAGAGAAUUAGGUAACCAUAGUCGUGUUUUGGCGAUAAAUGGUAAGUAUCUUAAACGAUAUGUGCCUACGUUAUUCGAAAUAAGCAUAUCAGAUGAUUAA